CCUAGCAUCAGCAGCAAUAUCAUCAACAUCAUCAGAAGCAGCAUCAACAACAUCAUCAGCAUCAACAACAUUAUCAUCAACAACAACAUAAUCAGCAAUCAGCAUCAACAACAUCAUCAGCAGCAUCAACAACAACAUCAGCAUCAACAUCAUCAUCAGCAUCAACAACAACAUCAGCAUCAACAACAACAUCAGCAACAACAACAACAGCAACAUCAACAACAACAUCAACAACAUCAACAACAACAUCAUCAACAACAUCAUCAGCAUCAGCAACAUCAACAACAACAUCAGCAACACCGUCACCAUCUAGAACAGAGGGGAGGGAAGACUGCGGCCUAGUCGGCCUCGGGCCAUCCCGAGUUUUCCUAGCGGACCCGCCGCGCCCGGAGCGCCUCCCCCGGCAGGAGUCGGGAUCGAAUAACGGCAGACAGAGCCGGCCAUGAAGCCGGUCCUCAUCUCACUGUUCGUCUUCCUCCUUCUGGAUGCGGCGUUGGCUGUCAAGCUCCAGCUCACUCUCCCGAAGAGUCUGUCUGUGAGGGAGGGAGAGAACGUCACUCUCCCCUGCUCCUUCUCCCCACUGGCCACACACCUGGACCACGUCGUCGUCCAGUGGUUCACGAUGCCCAGACGCUACGCAGAGAACGUCACCAGUGGAGACAUGACCUUGAUCUACUUCUCGGGCGACGAGACGGCGGACGACUCGAGCGUCGCCAAGUCCGCGGGAGACGUGCUCGCGGGAGACUGCUCCGUCGGCAUCCCCAACUUCCCCGGGAGCCUCGGCCCCGUCGCCCUGUGCCGCGUCGACUGCCGCCGCUGUGACGCCGCGGGGAACGCCGCCGUGCAAGCGGAGCUGCUGCUGCAGCUGCAGGACGUGACGGCUGCGGCCCCACGGCGGCCACACGGCGGGGCUCUGAGCGAGGCCACCGCCGCCCCUCCAGGGGAGACGCCGCCGCACAGGGCAGGGCUGCUGGUGGCCGGGGUGCUGGCGCCUGUGGCUGUCGUGGUCUACGUCGUCUCCGUCUGCAAGGGGAACAACACGAGGAGGAGGAGGAGGAGGAGACGCCGUCGGCCUUCAGGGCCCGGGCAGCCGGAUCGCCCGGCCCCCCCUGUGGCGCUGGGAAUGCAGAACGUGCGUAGGGACAGGGACGUGGACGCGCAGCCGCCGAUGAACAGACGCGAAGAGAGAACAGGACGAGUGUCGGAGACCUUCGCCGUGUGACGAUGUUCAGGCAGCCAGAUGCUCCAUCCGAUUGGUCGGCACGGGGAGUGGGUCGCACACACACACACACAUGCACACAUACACUCACCCCCACACACUCACACACUCACACCCCCACACAAAGAACUAAGAACCCCCGUAUAGCCUUUAACAGACUGUAGGGGCAAGUGCUGUUAGCGAGCACCUAUGAAGGCCAGAACGGCACACGAGGGGGUGGGUGGCCAGCACCACGCCCUACCGCCUUUGUCUCCCCAGUGGCGAUGUUUACACACCGCACCAGGUACUCAUUUGAGGCUGAGGCCCGGGAACCGGUUCAGAUAAUCGUCACUGGUGUUAGCCGUGAAUGGGAAUCGAACUCGUGCCGCCGGGUUCAUAGCGCAGCGCGCUAACCACUACACUACCGCUCCCCACCCACACACUCGCACACACCCACACACUCACUCUCACACCCAUACAGUUACACAGUCACACACCCCCACACACACUCACACACUCCCACACACACUCCCACACUCACACACUCCCACACACCCCCCCACACUCACACACACCCCCCCACACUCACACACACCCCCCCACACUCACACACACCCCCACACACACACCCCCACACCCAACACAACAACCGCCAUUCGCCACUAAGUGGCGGUGACGUCACCACGACGCUUGUGCCAGUGUUUCCCCCUCGUGCAAGGAGCGGCUUUUCUCCGAGAUGUUCAGAUUUCCUCCUACCCUUGCGGUACACGCAACUUACUCAUUGGCUGACAAUAUCCUGCGAUGAAACAUAAAUCAAAAACCCCGAAUGUGGAAGGGCCCUACUGAGUGGAGAGUCUCCGUGACACCGCGCAGCCUCCUGGAUCAUUAAACUAUCAUCAUCAUCGUCAUCACCAUCAUCAUCACCAUCAUCAUCACCAUCAUCACCAUCAUCACCAUCAUCACCACCACCAUCAUCAUCAUCGUCAUCAAUCAUCAUCAUCGUCAUCAUCAUCGUCAUCAUCACCAUCGUCAUCAUCAUCAUCGUCACCAUCAUCAUCAUCGUCAUCAUCAUCGUCAUCAUCACCGUCAUCAUCACCAUCAUCAUCAUCGUCAUCACCACCACCACCACCAUCGUCAUCAAUCAUCAUCAUCACUCCGCACCCAUUUGUGGGGUUUUUCACCGUCGUCCGAAGUACCGAAUUGGGGAGGCAUCACGCGCGUGGACAGACGGAGAGGAAACUCGCGAAUGUUGCACGAUUCUGAUGCUGCUAAUCCUGCAUAAUGCACGGGCAUAAUAUGACUUUGAGACCUCCCGCCCACCUCCUACGCAUUUCACAAGUGGUACUAAUCCCAUAUCUGCAUUUCCCAUAAAUAUGCUAAAUUCCUCUUGAUAUGCAAAUUAUUUUGUCAAGGCGCUCUUCCCCCCUCCAUCCCGGCUUAAAUAUACGCUGCCAAGCCUGGUGGUGUUUCAUUCAGAUGCUGUCUUUCCGACAGACCUGUUCUUCAUCUGAGGACGGCUGCUUGCGUUGUGGCCGAAACGUCGUGAGAAUUAUAUUGUUUUAUUUGUAUUAUUUUAUUAUUUCUCUUCUACGUGACUUUACCGAAAGAACCAAGAAGAUGAAUCCCUGCAGUCACCAAAGAAGCUUUAAAUCGAAAGAUUCUAGUUGAUCGAUAAUGAAACUGUUCCAGUGGGAUAAGGCGUGCUGGAGAGCGGUACGGGAUCCAUGAGGACGCCCACUCCUCCCGCCCCUGGUGAUCAUUAACAAUCGAUGCGGAACUAGUGCACCGCUAUUCGCCAUCGUGAACACCACAGCCGACUUAAUCGAGACCCAAAACGCACACGGCAAACUCCAAAAAACACAGAAAAUGCAGCGUUACUCCGAUUUAACGUCAAUUCGCAAAUGACGUGGUCACGUGAUUAACACCGCCACCCUCUCAGCCCCUUCGCCUCCACCACCAUCACCACCUACUACCACCACCACCACACUAUCAAUCGCUUCGGUAUAACACCGUUUCCAUACUCAGGAACGCAUCCUCGACGAAAACC